AUGGCAAACAAAUGCUGUUCUCCUUGUGACCAGGUUGUGCAUAUGGGGUGGGUCAACGAGCGACUGGAAGGCACCGACUCCUCUCAAACCUUCAGACCCAAGUUCCUGGCCCUGAAGGGCUCGUCCUUCUACGUUUUCAGCUCGCCUCCGGUGAGCACAUUAGACUGGGUACGAGCAGAAAAAAUCUAUAACCUCUGUGAGGUACGAUUUAAAGUUCACAAGUUCUGGCUUACAGAUGACUGCUGGCUACAGGCAAGCUUCUACCUGGGCCUUCACGACUUGGACUUUGAGGACCAGAGGCCGUACUGCUUCAGCGUCAUGGUCGGCCACAGCAAGAGCCACUUUUUCAACGUGGAACUUGGGAGUGAGCUAGCUGUGUGGGAGAAGUCGUUCCAAAGAGCUACCUUCAUGGAAGUUCAGAGAACUGGGUCCAAAACUUACACGUGCAGCUGGCAGGGAGAAGCGCGCUGCUUCACAGUGGACUUUGCCGUGGGAUUCACCUGUUUCGACAGCAAGACGAAGAAUGUGCUCUGGAGAUUUAAAUUCUCUCAGCUUAAAGGAUCUUCAGAUGAUGGAAAAACUCGAGUAAAACUGCUCUUUCAGAAUCUAGACACCAAACAAAUCGAGAUGAAGGAACUCGAAUUUCAGGACCUGACAGCCGUUUUGCACUGCGUGCACUCCUUCAUAGCAGCGAAGGUGGCCUCCGUGGACCCCGUCUUUAUAGACAGUCAGAGUAUCACAAGAAAAUACAUGUAUAGCAACUAA